AUAACUUCUUCUGUUUUCACUAUCGCCGGAAUUUGCUCAGUCGGCGAGCAACUUAGUAUAGAAGUUCGCUCGGCUACAUUUCUGGAUGAGUCCUUUGUGGAAGUUGAAUAUUUCGAAGGAUCAAUUGGCGGAAGAACCUGGCAAACCCGAUUCAUAACAAUGACAACUAAGGAGCAUCUGUUGACCCUCCAUACAGGAAAAGUAUUCGUUGAUGAAACCGCAAUCAUUGAGGCACAAACAUUCAACAACUGUGGACUGUGGAACGUGAAAGAAUCAGUUCAGAUCAGCCUCAAAGGAUCCGCCAAUUUUUUUGCUUCUUCAAAAUUCAGUGCCAGUUUGUUGAAACUGUUGGCACAAGGGCAUUGCACUGUUGCAGGUUGCUUACUGCUGGAAAAUUUGCUGGUCUAUGUUCGAAACGAUAUGAUCACUGCAUCGGGUGCCCGCAUUAACGUAUCUACUGGUGCAACCGUUGCAUCGGGCAUAUUCCGCAACGAUUCUUCCUGGCACUCGGGCGGAAAUUUGCACUUGCAUGUAGCUUGCUUCGAACAGUCUGAAGAAGCACUCAUUUUUGUUAAACACACACUAUCACUGGCCGUUUACGAUUUCUCCGAACAACACUGCCGAGGCCGGAUUGUUGCAAAUUACUGCGUGAUGAAACUGCUGAAGAAAGUUCGUUUUGAUGGAUACAUUCGAGCGAAUCAGAUCGAGAUUUCUGUACCGCACGUGAAUGAAUCUAGGUGCACAAUUGGUGGACAACUCGAAGUACUCAGUGGGCCGCUAAUUUUGAAAGGGCGGAGUCUGGAACAUUCCAAAUUUUCAAUGCCAUUCUCAGCGCUAGUGUCGCAUUCCUACCCGGGCUUUGUUUUGGAGGGGCAGCUAAAAGCAGAAGCCGUUAUUGCACCAUUCUUAGCUGUUUCAUUCUCAGCUAAUUCUUAUUCGUCACUUUCUGGGAUGGAUUCCGUAGCUGAAGAAGCCGACUAUCGCAUUCUUAUAUCAUGCACUUCAUUGCAUACUCAGUGUUCUUCACUGAUUAAUUCCGUUUCGCAGGAUUCAUUUCCGGAAAGCAUUCGUUGUAUAACCAGUUGGAUUCAUGAAGGGCAAAUUCGGUUUCAUGGUGAUACGGUAUACAUUGUAAGCAAUUAUUUUGUAAAUCGUGGACGUCUGGCUAGUGGCAAUAAAUUUCAGAAUCAUAUGCGAGAAGUCGUCGUACUGGUAGAAAAUUUCUUCCAGAAUGAUGCCGUUUUUUCGGCCGAUCGAAUUUCAGUCAGAGGGGGUGGCAUUUUGGAGAACAAAAAUCGCAUCUUUGCAAGUAAUACACUGAACAUACAGAUAGCAGAAAAAGACAGCAAUUCCAAGCAGCUUCGAUCUGGAAGUAUGGAAACGAAACUGCUCUCGGCAAGCAGGCUGCGGAACCAGGCCGACGGUUGUCUGAAAGCUCGUGGAUGUGUUGCGACCGCUGCAGCAGCUCUCAAUAAAUAUGACUUAAAUAAGCAGGUUUUAUUUGGCGCUCGAUCGCAGUUUUUCGUGGAUAGUGACGUUUUGGACGACCAUAGUAAUAUGGUAUUGACUGCACGGGAUGCAAUUAUUGUCAAAUCAAAAAUAGUCGUCAAUUCAUUGGAACUGAUCGUUGGCGUGGCCUAUACCACCGAAAUAGCGGUAAUCAAAAGUGCCUGCCUGAAAAGCAACGAGUUGAAGAUCUCUGGAAGCUGUAAUCACUUAACUUUGGUAAUCGAGGGUCAGCUGCAAUGUGAAUCGAUAGUUAUCGAUGCAGCUGUUCGACAGGUUAAAGUGAUCGGCCGUGGAAUACUGUCCUGCUGCCGGUUAUUUAGCGUCUGUGGGAAUUCGAUCACUUUAACAAAUCAGGAUACCCGCAUUACCGAACUAGCAGCAUCGAAGGUUACACUGGCUCCCGAUAACUUUCUUCACUUGUCGUCGUCAGAUGCGCACUCCAAAUCAGUGCACAUAUACACGGAUGAAUGUUGCUUGCAAGGACGAAUUUUCCUGAAGCAUAAAACUGUGCUGAAAACAGACUCUGGAGCCUUUCAUGUUGACGGCGAAAUCCUGGGCACUUGUGCUGCUACUGAAUUAUCUUUGGAAUGCUACAGCUUAAUUUUUUCUGGCACCGUAGCCAAUCUACAUUUUUUAGAAUGUUAUGCGCGGAUGCAGAUGGAGCAGUGCGAAACGGCACUGAUUAAACAUGUCAAGAAUAUUGCAAUUCAAGCACCGCUUGUUUCACUGUGCGGUAAAAUUGUGGAUCCGGAAACACUGAUUGUGACUGGCGAAAGAGUGAGCGUUGAAGGCAUGUUCCUGAAUCACAACAGAGAUGCCACUUAUUCAAUUUUUAGCAAAAAUAUCCAACUGAGCGGUGAAAUACAUGGCCCAGUAUACGUUGAAUUAAGCGGACCUGAAAUUAAUCUUUCGGGAAUUUUCGACGGUAUAAAAAUUUUCGAUGUGGAUGCAGAACUGGUGAUCUGUUCACCACGUAGACUGUGUACCGAAAAUUUUAAUCUGAUCGCAUGCUCAGUGAUUUUUGAGGAAAACUUUGUGGUGAAAGAAUUCAAUGCAACAGCCAAGACAUCGAUAUUUCUUCGAACCAGUUUAAAGGACUGUGAAAAAUGCUCAUUCGUCGCCCCGUUAGUGGUAGCUAUAAACUGCGUGACGUCACCAGCACUACAAGUCUACACUCUAAUUUAUAUUUCAGAAGAAAAUGAGGAAUUAGCGUCCGAAAGUGCACCGGAGCCAAACGACUUGAAGACCGCAUUUCCACUGGCAUCCAACUCGCCAUCUUCAUUCACUUCUGCCCCUGAGCAACGCAAUUUCAAUUCCUGCAGAUCCCAGCAGUUGGCAACUUUUGAUGUCGCAACAGUUCGGAGCUUCAUUCGUGUACUGCUCCAGCCAAACCUUACUAAUGAUGCUACUGUGCAAGAACGAACAUUAUGGAAGAACGCAGUGAAGGCGAUUGCUGGAUGCUUUCGAGACAUGAACGGCACGGACGAUGAGCAGUUCAAUGAAGCUGUGAAACAAGCUGAAAAAUUGCAGCCUGUUAAUAUUCACAUGCCGUCAAAUUCUUUUUUCCGUUUCAAUCUACUGAAGUUACUGGACAAGGAGACAGCACACAACGGACAUACUAUGGCAUCAAGCUUGGCCAAACUGCUCGCUUUGUUAUGUAGUGCUAGUGACGAAUUUAUGACAGUCAAAACAAACAGUAAAGCAAGCUGUUCAAGCGCGGCUCUCCAAGAGUGCAACAGGUUCGAGUCCGAGCCGCUUUACGAGCUAGCAAAUUGUUUUCGGCUUCGAGCUCAUAAGCGUAAAUUAUCGCUGCCCCGAUACGAAUCUAAAGUUCCGACAGCAGAAGAUGACGUUGGCUAUGCGAGCCGCAGCUCUAGCGAAGACAUUGACGAGCCUCUACAGAAUACUGAUGCUGGGUAA